ACCAGCCACCUCUUGAUGGCAGGCAUGAGGAGGCAGAGAAGGAGAGGCAACGAACCCCUAGUCAGCAAAGGCGGAGAAGGAAAAGGCUCCAUUCAUUAUAUAUGUGUUUUCCAAGGUUUUCCAUCUGGGCAUAAGGCACGCCAAGACCCCAUUGUGGGUUCAACCUUGUCCGGCCUAUGAGCCUUCUCAACGGAGGGUUUUUGUUGGGUUUAAGGGGCUUAAGAAAAGGGCAGGGAGUGCCGAAGAGAAAGAAAAGCUAAAGACAUCGUCUUUCUCAGAACACAGAUCCCUAUGGAGUGCAGGGGGGUGGGGAAUUUAACCAGCAUUUGUUUGGUGGGAACUCAUUCCUUUUGCUUGGUUUAAAGGGACUACUAGUGUUCUCCACAAUGGUUUUGCCAUGCUCCUCCACAGUGAGUUGUGAGGCAUAGGAAAAAUACACAGAUAUUCAUACAGAUUUCCACCAUGGAGCUCACUGGGGUUUGAACACAAAACCCCAAGCCUCAAAUGGUGGAAAUCAAGAAGGGAUGGGUAUGAUUAGAGUGUGUACUCUCCAAUGAUUGAGCUGCCUCGCCUUGGGUCUUGCUACAAUCUUCUUUGUAGUGUGAGGGAGGAAGAUGAAGUCCAUGAACAAUAAUAACUGGUUGGGAUUUUCUCUCUCCCCCCACAUGAGCAUGGAGGUGUCUGCUGACCCACACCAGCAGCCAAAUAGUCAGAGCCAUCAUCACCAAUCUCAGCCCGCACCUGCUGCCGUCUCUUCUGGCAACUUCUUCCUCUCUCCUCCUCACUUGAGCAGCUCCGGCAUUUGUUAUGGCGUUGGAGAGAACGGAGGAUUCUAUUCUCAGCUAUCUUCCAUGCCACUCAAGUCUGAUGGCUCUCUUUGCAUCAUGGAAGCACUCAGCAGAUCACAGCAAGAAGGAAUGGUGCCAUCUCCAUUCCCAAAACUGGAAGACUUCUUAGGCUGUGGUCCAAACAUGGGGACCCAUCAGUAUGGGAACAGUGACAGGGGAGCAAUGGCUUUAAGCUUAGACAGCAUGUACUACCAUCAAAACCCAGAGUCUGAGGGCAACAGAGGUCAUCCUCUAGACCUCCUCCAACAACCCUAUAGGCAGCACCUUCAAGUCCAACAGCAGCAGCAGCAGCCCCCUCCUCCUUACUUCCAGCCAUUGCAGGAAGGGAUGUGCUCUGUGCUCACAGGCCAUGAGAUGUAUCAACCACCACUGGAAGAGGAACAAAUGGGAGGUGGUGGGAUUCCGGGAUUGAAGAACUGGGUCACCAGGAGCUUCAGCGCUGGCAACAACGGGCUGGGUGAGGAAGGGGGUGUGGGAUCUGGUGGUCCUCUUGGUGCAAUGGGGUAUGGGGACUUGCAGUCUUUGAGCUUGUCCAUGAGCCCUGGUUCACAGUCCAGUUGUGUCACAGCUCCCCAGCAUAUCCCUCCUCCUGCAAACGACUACAUGGCUUUAGAUGGAAGUAAGAAGAGAGGGACUGGGAAGGGGGGCCAAAAGCAGCCAGUUCAUAGGAAAUCCAUCGAUACAUUUGGCCAGAGAACAUCUCAGUAUAGAGGUGUCACAAGGCAUAGGUGGACUGGUAGGUAUGAAGCCCAUCUGUGGGACAAUAGUUGCAAGAAGGAAGGCCAAACAAGGAAAGGAAGACAAGUUUACUUGGGGGGGUAUGACAUGGAAGAGAAAGCUGCAAGAGCCUAUGACUUGGCUGCCCUCAAAUACUGGGGACCUUCCACACAUAUCAACUUCCCGUUGGAAGAUUAUCAACAAGAACUCGAGGAAAUGAAGAACAUGAGUCGGCAAGAAUAUGUUGCUCAUUUGAGAAGAAAAAGUAGUGGGUUCUCACGAGGAGCUUCUAUGUACCGAGGCGUGACGAGGCACCACCAGCAUGGAAGAUGGCAAGCUCGAAUUGGGAGGGUUUCAGGAAACAAAGAUCUUUAUCUUGGAACCUUCAGUACUCAAGAGGAAGCAGCUGAGGCUUAUGACAUUGCUGCAAUUAAAUUCCGAGGAGUGAAUGCCGUCACCAACUUCGACAUAACAAGAUACGAUGUCGAAAAGAUCAUGGCGAGCAGCACUCUGCUUUCCGGCGAACUUGCCAGGAAAAACAAAGAUGCAGAAGCUCGCGACGAUGCUCCUUCGGUCCAAAACAGCAGCAGAGAGCUUAAUUUGACUGAAGACAACAGCAGUGGUGGUUCUGAUUGGAAGAUGUCACUCUAUCAAUCCCCUCAUCAAACAUCACCGAUCUCAGAAGAACAUGGUGGGCAACUGAUACCAGGUGGUGAUGCAUUUCGAAGCCCAUCCUACUCAACCAGUCUUCAUGGUCUGGUUGGCAUGGACACAGUGGGUUCGGCGCAGGGGAUCGAUAAUUCUGGGAAUUUGGGGAAUGCUCAUCUAUCAAAUGCAUCAUCAUUGGUGACUAGCUCGAGCAACUCCAGGGAAGGGAGUCCUGAUCGAGGUGGUCUCUGCAUGCUCUUUGCCAAGCCCUCACCAAGGCUCGUUAAUUCCACACCAGUUAAUUCAUGGAUUCCAUCGACCGGGCUAAGGACGACAAUGCCGAUGUCUCACAUGCCGGUGUUUGCUGCUUGGACCGAUUCUUAAACCUCUGCUAUCAUGGUAGCAGCAUGUUUAAGAGUUGUUGAUGAAGAAACAGGGAGUGAAAGCAAGUAGGACUGGAAGAUGAAGGAGGUAGGUGGUUUUAUUAGCUGUUUGUAGUUGAGAUUAGUGGUGCAUGAGAUCUUUAAAAUGGAGCAGGUCUCUGUCCUUUUCCAGUGGUUGUAACUGUUUGCAACUCGUCUUUUGGGCCAUGGGGGGAAGGGUUUUGACAUGGGGGGGCGCCUGGAGGUUUAAGGGCAAUGAUUUCACUGUAUCUGUAAUGGAAUGAUGUUGGUAAUUUGGGUGGUCCAUUCUAAUGUUUAACCUGCUUUU